CACACAUCUGUACACAUCAGUUUACAUAUUAUGGCUGACAGUAUGAUGAUUUUCCCAGUUUAUGUUUUACCAGUUAGCAUGUGAUACAUGAAACAUCAGUCUGAGGAAUGCUGCUUCUUUCCAAGCUAUCUUAGAAAAAAAAAAAAAAAAAAUCAGGGAGGGCAUUGAGAGAACCAACGAUUGAGAAAUACAGGGGUGGAUGAAUAACAAAACCCCAGUUAACCAAACGUUUAUUGUCAGAGCAGGCAAAGAAAUAGAAGCUGCACGAUGGAGCGCUACAUCUUUUCCAUACUGUUCCUGAUCUUGACUGUGGAGUGUUCAGCGAGCAGAUUCUUCAUCUCAGCCCCCCGUGUGUUUCAUGUGGGUGUAAAUGAGAAAGUGUUUGUCCAGAUGGGAAACUCUCAUCUUAAUACUCCUAUCACUCUCUACCUGGAGCACGAGAGUAGAGGUAUUGUUGUGUCUGGGAGGGCAAUCACUCAGUUUACUAUGGAAGGGGAGAUCAAAACAGUUGAGCUCAUGAUAGACAGAGAGCUUAUGUCAAGAGUGCCUCAACAUUUGGAACGACGCUACCUUGUGCUGGUGGCAGAGAGCCCCUCCUUUGGUUCAAGGAAGGAAACAAAAGUUUUGAUAUCAAAACACAGGGGCUAUAUCUUCAUUCAGACUGAUCAGCCAAUCUACAACCCAACACAGAAAGUGAGGUACAGGAUAUUUACUCUUGACCACACGUUGAGGCCUACUCAGAAGGUGUUCCACAUAGCAGUAUACAAUGCUGUCGGAAAUAGAGUAAUGAGGACCAUAAAUACUGCCAAGGGAGGAAUACUCCAAGGCACAUUCACCAUACCUGAUGUAUCAAAAUUGGGCACAUGGAAGAUUACAGCACACUAUGAAGAUGAUGAAGCAAAUGCUGCUUCCCGAGAAUUCAAAGUCCAAAAAUUUGUUUUACCGAGUUUUGAGGUGAACAUUGCAAUGAAGCAGAGCUAUAUUUUGUUGAAGGCAGAACCGUUUGACUUUUCCAUCUUAGCAAGGUAUUCACAUGGUGAGAAAGUUAAAGGGGCUUACCACUGCCAAUUUGGAGUGAUGGAAAAAGAUAAAACCCGUAGCCAGAAAAUGAAGCCUGUCUUUAUCAAGGGACUGGAGUUAACUGGUUCGGUCAAGGAUGGAGCUGCAGCAGCUUCUCUCCAGAGAGCAGACUUAAAUGUGCACCUCCAAAAACAGCAAAACAAAACCCUCUCCGAGUUACAGCAGAGUGGAGCACAGCUCUACUUGAGAGUGUUUGUCACCAACAUACAAAGUGGUGAAAUGCAAGAGGCAGAAGUUUAUCUUCCUAUCAUCUCCCACAAAUACACCAUGGAUCUCUCUCGAACUCGCUCAUAUGUCCUUCCUGGAUAUCCGCUAGAUGUGGUGGCGGUCGUGCGUCUCCCAGAUGGCUCCCCAGCAGCUGGUGUGCCAGUAAAGAUUGAUGUACUACCAAGAUCUUCAGAGGAUUCAUGGCAAGGCACCACCGACCAGGAGGGGGCAGUGUAUCCUGUCUUUAAUAUUCCCACUGCGGCUCAGAUUACUGUUAAAGUGUCGGUAGAUGGCCAGCAGCAAGAGAAAGAAAUUCAGCCUGCUUCAUCUCCGAGUAACAGCUACCUUUACCUGAGUUUUACCAACAAGAUGUACUCUGUGGGCGAGGUACUAACAGUAGAUUACAACACCGUCAAUGGCCCAACACUUGGGUUCAUAUACUACAUGGUCUUAAGUCACGGGAUCCUAAAAAAAACGGGCUCUCUUAGAUUUGGUACUUCAGUCAAACACAACCUGGAAAUAACAUCUGAUAUGGUGCCAUCCUUCCGUCUGAUUGGCUACUACUACAAUGCGCUUGGUGCCAUCAUUGCGGACUCGGUGUGGGUAGAUGUCAGGGAUGAAUGUGAGCUAAAGGUCAAGGUCGAGCUGAAAGGCCCGUUCCAACCUGGAAAAAAGUCUGAGAUAGAAUUGGAUUUAUAUGGUCAAAGAGCCAGAGUGGCUUUGCUGGCUGUAGAUAAGGCCAUCUACGCUCUCAAUGCCGACAAUAAACUCACAGCCAAACAGGUGUUUUCCUCCAUGCAGUCAUAUGACCUUGGUUGCUCAUACAGCGGAGGAUCUGAUACUGCAUCUGUACUAACAGAUGCUGGCCUGUCUUAUGUGUCUCAGUCCCAGUCAAUGUGGAAAAACAGCUUUGGCUGUGAUUCACAAGCUGCUCGGCAAAGGCGUGCAGUGGAUAUUCAACAGGAAAUGAUGACCAUAAAAUCAAACUUUUCAGAUGAACAGAUGCAAGAAUGUUGUGUUCGCGGGUUUUCUCUCAUCCCUAUGAGACGAACAUGUCAGGAAAGAGUGAAGCGAGUCUCUCUGGUGGUUAAAGAUCCUGCUUGUGCUGACGCCUUUUUAAAAUGCUGCCUUGAAGGAGAGCGUCUGAGACAAAAAAAGAUACAAGAGGACGCCCAGAAAGUACUUGGCAGGACUGCAGACGUAGCUGACAUUGAACAGUUCUUCAUGGACACUGCUGCUCAGUACAUUCGACGAUUUUUUCCCCCAAGCUUUGAAUUCAAAGAAUUUGAUGUAGAUGGGAAAAAAAGGCAUCGUUUGACUCUACCCGAUUCCAUCACCACAUGGGAGAUUCAGGUCAUCACUUUAUCUCCAGCCACUGGUUUCUGUGUAGUUAAGCCGUCUGAGCUCAGAGCAUUUAAGGACGCAUUUGUUUCUCUGCAACUGCCUUACUCAGUGAAGAAAUAUGAGCAACUAUCCAUUUCGCCGGUUAUCUACAACUAUGGCGAAGACAGACUACAGGUGGCAGUUCAUAUGGAACAAACCGAAGGCCUUUGCUCCCCCGGCUCAGCCACCACUACAUCUUUUGUUAACAUUACUGUGGAGCCACAGUCUUCCCAGCUUGUCUCCUUCUCUGCUGUCCCCAUGGUAACCGGCUCAAUACCCAUCAAAAUACGUCUCUAUGACAUAGAGAACGAGAGGGGAAUAGAUGCAAUUGAAAAGACUUUGAGUGUGUUGACAGAAGGACUAGAAAAGAGAGAAGAAGAAACCCGAGUAUAUAAAUUUGAUGGGAGGAGCACAAAAACUUUCAAUAUUAGCGGAAUGUUGCCAGAUAACACGGUCCCCGACUCCAGCUCCAAUAUUUUCAUUUCAGCAGAAGGGGAUGGAUUUGGCAGUUCACAUGCGAGGAACCUUCUUUCUCCUCAGAAGGUUGCUCAACUGAUCGUAUUGCCUACAGGAUGUUUAGAACAGACAACAAUGAGAUUGACCCCUACAUUGUCAGCUGUCCGCUACCUUGACCUGAGUGACCAAUGGAUCGACAUGCCUGCUGGUGCCAGAGAUGAUGCCCUUGACAAAAUCGAGACAGGUUAUAUAAGGAUUUUAACAUUCAAGAAACCCGACGGUUCUUAUGGAGCAUGGUAUUCAGUGCCAUCUAGUAAUUGGGGGACUGCCCUUGUAGUGAAAGUGCUAUCGCUGGUGGCGCAGCGUCAGACAGCGUCUUUUGGAGAGCACGGCAGGAAGGCUAGGUUUGUACCAGAAGAAGAGAUCAGGCACUCAGUCAGUUACUUGCUCUCAAUACAGAACACUGACGGAUCAUUCGGUGACCCACAUCCAGUGCUACACAGAGGAGUUAUGAAAGACGUUGCAGCUAUGACGGCGUUCAUAAGUCUUGCACUGCACCGGUCGCUUCAAUUCCUGCAAACCGAAUUGAGAAGUAAUGCGGAAGCAAGCCUUGCCAGAUCAACAACCUAUCUCCAGUUGCACCUUGAAGAGAUUCAGCAUCCCUAUGCUGUUGCCAUUACAGUCUACUGCCUCGCAGUUUGCCUGCCACAGGGAACAGAUCAUUCAGCUGCCUGGACAAAACUUCAUACACUGGCUACUGAAGGGACAAAUGGCUGUUAUCUGUGGACAGCAAAUGCAAACCCACAGAAUCAAGCAAAUGCAGAUGCCAUCACAGUAGAGACUACAGCCUAUGCCCUCCUAGCGGCAGUGGAACUUGGGCAUACCAAGUGGGCAGACAAAACAGCCUGCUGGUUAACCACCCAAGAAAACUAUUCUGGAGGCUACAAAACAUCACAGGAUACCAUCAUGGCAUUGGAAGCCCUCGCGGAGUAUGAGCUGAAGAGGUCCGUCAGGCCUGAAGUGAAUCUAAUAGCAGAGUUCAAAGUCCAAGGAAAGCAAGGCAUUGUAAGACUUGCAUUUGAAAAUAUGAAGGAAAAGGUGGAAACAGACCUUAAGAAAUUUUCAGGGAACAACAUUAUGGUGCAAUUGACAGGAACAGGCCAAACCAAGCUUAAAAUUGUAAAGGCUUACCAUCUGCUGGACCCCAAGGACGAUUGUGACGUAGUGUCUAUCAGUGUCUCAGUGGAGGGGAAAGUCAAGUACACCGCUAAGGUCAUAGAAAACUAUGAAUACUACGAUGACUUCAAUAACAACGAGGAACCGGAGGUGCGUGUGCCACGAUCAGCAAUUGAGUGGUUUGAUGCUCGAACCCGAAACAGGAGAGACCUUAAUAACAACUUAAAUUCAGACAAGGCUGUCACCUAUACAAUCUGUGUCAGUCAUAGCCUGAACGCCAAUCUCACAGGAAUGGCUAUUGCUGACAUCACACUUCUGAGUGGGUUUGAGGUUGUAACUGAGGACCUGGACAAGCUAAGAGAGACACCUGAGCUAUACAUUUCCCAUUAUGAGGUCUCCUAUGGAAGAGUGCUCCUCUACUUCAAUGAGCUCUUUGACUCAGAGGAAUGUAUUAGCUUUGAUGCUAUACAGAAAGUACCAAUGGGCCUUCUACAGCCUGCUCCAGCUGUGUUCUAUGAUUAUUAUGAACCAAACAGAAGGUGUACUGUGUUCUACUCCGCCCCCCAAAGAAGCAAGAUGGUCUCCAAACUGUGCUCAGAGGAUGUGUGCCAAUGUGCAGAAAGACCCUGUCAUAAAAUACAAAAUACAUUCCAAUCAGAAAGUGGUCGGAGAAUCCCAAAGAAUGUCCGUCUAGAACACGCUUGCUUCUUCCCUACAGUAGAUUACGCAUACAUGGUUGAAGUCCUCAAUGUUUCAGUGAAGAGUAACUUUGAGCUGUACAAAAUUAAUGUAAACGAGGUACUCAGAUCACAUGGAGAUAUCCUUGUGAAGGAGAAUUCUAUUCGAGUGCUUGCUAAGAGGCGUCACUGCAAAGGACAGUUAGAUGUGGGAAAACAGUAUCUCAUCAUGGGCAAAGAUGGCUCCACAACGGACUCCAAUGGAAAGAUUCAGUAUCUGUUGGAGUCAAACACCUGGGUUGAAAGAAAGCCUUCGGCAGAAGACUGUAAAAAAUCUGCACAUAAAACUGCCUGCAAACAGUUUAAUGGGUUUACAGAUGAGUACAAGAUAGAUGGCUGCAGACAGUGAAACGGACAAUUCAUUUGAAUUAACUUUUAUUUUAGUAGUUUCCCAUGAUAUGCACAGUCAGCAUGGAUGUUUAGAGCUCUUUUUAACCGUUUAUAAUCCUGAAAGCAUAGCAUAAGAACAUAUAUACGUACUGAGACAUCAUUGCUUGCUAGAGAGUAAGUGAAUGACUGACUCCACUGUAGGAUCAUUUUAAAGUUUACUACACUUACAAUGUGACCAUUAAUCAUCUCUUUAUGUCCAACACUGCUACCAGUGUUUAAAUAAAAAUAAAUACUGCUUAAUGUUUGCAAA